AUGCGCAGGGAGGUGGACCGGUUCGGUUCGGUGGGGUUCGGUCCGGCCGCUCCCGCCGCCGGUGCUGACGCUGCCCUCGCCCUUCCCUCCAGCCCCCUGACGAAGGUGAAGCUGAUCAACGAGCUGAACGCGCGGGAGGCGGAGCUGGGUGUGCAGGAGGCGGUCUCGUGGCACGCGGAGUACAAGGACAGCGCCUGGAUCUUCAUCGGCGGACUGCCCUACGAGCUGACAGAGGGCGAUGUCAUCUGCGUGUUCUCCCAGUACGGGGAGAUCGUCAACAUCAACCUGGUGCGGGACAAGAAGACCGGGAAGUCCAAAGGCUUCUGCUUCUUGUGCUAUGAGGACCAGAGGAGCACCAUCCUGGCUGUUGACAACUUCAACGGGAUCAAAAUCAAGGGGAGGACGAUCCGAGUGGACCAUGUUGCCAACUAUCGUCCCCCCAAGGACUCGGAUGACUUGGAUGACAUCACAAGGACCCUCCAUGCAAAGGGCUGUGGAGUUAAAACCCCCCCUCACACCUCAUCCGACUCCAUGUCUGAAGAUGAGGAGCUGCCUGUGAAGAAGCAGAAAGAUCAGGAGAGGAGCAGAGAGGAGCGUCCCAGGCCCAGCAGCCGGGCAGGGAAGAGGACCCAGCCUGGGGAGGAGGAGCAGCCCAGGGUGAAGAUCAAGAAGGAGAAGGAGGACCCGGGCUAUGAGCGCUAUGCAGGGGGGAGCCAACCACACGGGAAGGGAUCCGAGAGGAAACCUGGGAGCAGGCCCCAGCGGGAGGAGGAGGAGCGGAGACACCGGAGGCCUUCACCGGAGAGGAGAGGGGAAAAGAGGGCCCAGGAGCAGAGGGGACACGGGGGGUGGCGGGAGGAGAGGGAGAGGAGGGAGGAGGCUGGCAGGAGGGGCGAGGGACACGGCAGAUCCAGGGAAGAGUGUCCCAAGGGGGGCAGAUCCCGGGAGUGCGGGGCCAGGGAGCCCCACUCCCGGCACGGGGAGCAGCGGGGCUCUGCCCGGGGCUCCACCCGCAGCUGAGGAGAGAACCCCCUGCCCCAAAACCUCUAGGGAGGGGGUACAGCACCCACACCCUUCCCUCGGGACCAAGAUGUGGUUCCUCCUCCAUCCCUGGUGCCUCGUGGGGCUUCCCUGGAUCCUGUGGCGUGGUCAGGGGUCAUGGGGCUGCUCUGUGCCCCCCAAAGCCCCCGGUCCUGGGGUGGUUCUGUCACCUCAGGGGCUGGAUUUGGGUCUGGACCUACACACACACGCACACACACGUCUGUCUGUGCAGUGGGUCCCAGCGCUGCACUGUUCAUUUUGGUGUAAAUAAACCUGGUUUGGGUGUAUUUUUUAUAAUAAAAGUGAGCUGUGGAGCAGCGUUUCC